CACAGAGGCAUUGCAGACUGCGCGUUAGGGAGGUGUAGUGGAAGAAAGGCAAAGAAACGGAGUAAAUGAGAGCACUUUGUCCAGAUUGUUAGAGGACUUAUCAACUUAAAAUACCGACGAAACUGCUCACUAUAAUGAGACGGACACACUGUUGAAUUCCUGUCCAGGUAAAUGUCCGCGUUUCCUUCGCAUGGUUAACUACAAGAGGUCGACAGCUAGACAGGAAUAGGUAACCAUCAUUGAGAAGGCGGCUGUAAACCCCAGGAACCCGUCUCCAGGCUCCUGCACAGGGCUGAGUGAAGGACACUUGGGAAACAAAGCUGUGUCUCUCCCUGUGGGAAACCUGGAUCCUCCACCCCGCACACCAACAUGACCAAUGUGGUGAUUGUCAAGGAGGGAUGGCUGCAUAAAAGAGGAGAAUACAUCAAGACCUGGAGGCCGAGGUACUUUCUCCUGAAGAGUGAUGGUACAUUCAUUGGUUACAAAGAGCGACCGCAAGAUGUUGACCAGCUGGAAACCCCCUUAAACAACUUUUCUGUUGCACAGUGCCAGCUGAUGAAGACGGAACGGCCCAAGCCCAACACAUUUAUCAUCCGCUGCCUGCAGUGGACCACUGUCAUCGAGCGCACCUUCCACGUGGAGACCCCCGAGGAGAGGGAAGAAUGGACUAAAGCCAUCCAGACAGUGGCUGAAGGCCUGCAGAAACAGGAGGAGGAGAUGAUGGACUCCUCUCCAGACCCCAUGGACAUGGAGGUCUACCUGACCAAAAUCAGACACAAAGUGACUAUGCACGACUUUGAAUACCUCAAACUCCUGGGAAAAGGCACUUUUGGAAAAGUCAUCCUGGUAAAGGAGAAGGCCACAGGACGCUACUACGCCAUGAAGAUCCUUAAGAAGGAGGUGAUCGUAGCGAAAGAUGAAGUGGCACACACACUCACAGAGAACAGAGUCCUCCAGAAUUCAAAGCAUCCGUUCUUGACAGGCCUGAAAUACUCCUUUCAGACACAUGACCGUCUGUGCUUUGUAAUGGAGUAUGCCAAUGGGGGCGAGCUUUUCUUCCAUCUAUCAAGGGACCGUGUGUUCUCAGAGGAGAGGGCUCGGUUCUAUGGUGCAGAGAUUGUGUCAGCGCUGGACUACCUGCAUGCUGAAAGAAAUGUGGUCUAUAGAGAUCUAAAGCUGGAAAACCUCAUGCUCGACAAAGACGGACACAUAAAGAUCACAGACUUCGGCUUGUGUAAAGAGGGGAUCAAAGAUGGCGCCACGAUGAAGACUUUCUGCGGGACACCAGAAUACCUAGCACCAGAGGUGCUAGAAGACAACGACUACGGCCGUGCUGUGGACUGGUGGGGUCUCGGGGUGGUGAUGUACGAGAUGAUGUGCGGCAGGCUGCCUUUCUACAACCAGGACCACGAGAAGCUGUUCGAGCUCAUCCUCAUGGAGGACAUUCGCUUUCCUCGCACGCUCGGCCCCGAGGCACGCUCACUGCUCUCCGGCCUGCUCAAGAAAGACCCAAUGCAGAGGUUAGGUGGAGGGCCUGAUGAUGCUAAGGAAAUCAUGCAGCACAAGUUCUUUGCAGGAAUUGAAUGGCAGGAUGUCUACGAGAAGAAGCUGGUCCCACCGUUCAAGCCCCAAGUUACCUCAGAGACGGACACACGAUAUUUCGACGAGGAGUUCACGGCACAGACCAUCACCAUUACGCCACCCGGACAAGAUGACAGUAUGGAGUCCUUCGACAGUGAGCGGAGACCACACUUCCCCCAGUUUUCCUACUCUGCCAGCGGGACGGCCUAAACAACUCAAAUACAUUCCUCUGGUCCUGACAUCUCCCCCUCACCCCAUCCGACUGCACUCUCAAAAAGACCGGGGGACCGCAGCCCCGUCCUCCCUGCAUUGUCCGCGGAUGCUGUCGGUGGAUGUUACAUUUACAGUCUGCAAAAUGUGUGUUUUCCAGGAAGGAGGAAAUCCAAGAUGAAACAAAGAUAACUGCGGUGGUUCUGAGGCCUUUGAAGACUGACCACACUGAGUUAACACUACUCUUCAUUUCCUGGUUGUUAUGUUGUAUACUGAGCAGGCAUCCAUACACCAUAAUGAACAGGGAAAUGUAGUUUUGUUAUGAACAAAUUAGGCCACUGAUGUGAAUUUUGAAAAGGGCCAUUUUUUUGUAUUAAAAUUAUACAACUGAAUAUCAAUCAUUUCAAACAGAAACAGGCAGACUGUGGACCAAAAGCAUCAUCUGAGCAGUGAGUGUGUUGUUUGUUGAGUGGGUAAUGAAUCCAUGUUUUCCUCUCUAAGACUCCUGAACAAUUCAAAAACCAGACGUCGACACAUUUUUUGGGCUCAAAGUGAAUGUACCGUAUCAAAUAAAGUUGAUCUUUCUGCA